GGAAACGCUGUUAUCCCUUGGAGAUGUGCACACACUUUGAUGCUGAUGAGAUUAAGAGGCUAGGAAAGAGAUUUAAGAAACUCGACCUAGAUAACUCUGGCUCCUUGAGCGUGGAAGAGUUUAUGUCCUUACCAGAACUCCAACAGAAUCCCCUUGUACAGCGAGUUAUCGAUAUAUUUGACACAGAUGGCAAUGGGGAAGUCGACUUCAAAGAAUUCAUCGAGGGUGUCUCCCAGUUCAGUGUCAAAGGUGAUAAAGAGAUGAAAUUGCGCUUUGCCUUCAGGAUCUAUGACAUGGACAAGGAUGGCUACAUAUCCAAUGGAGAACUCUUCCAGGUCCUCAAGAUGAUGGUGGGAAACAACUUAAAGGACACCCAGCUUCAGCAGAUUGUCGACAAAACCAUCAUCAAUGCAGACAAAGACGGCGAUGGGAGAAUAUCCUUUGAGGAGUUUUGUGCGGUGAGUCGAAGAAACAAAGUUUUACUCUGUUGUAGGGUUGCAAAUUUCCUGAAACCUUCCAUAAAAUGUUUUUGAGAAAUCCUAUUUGGA